AGUUUACCGCCAACCUUCGAAGAGAGUGGUUUAUAUCUCUUGGUCUUUUCCUGAACCAUCCCUGAGAAUCAUCUCAAAGAAUCCGCGUAGAAGUGUUCUUUCGGCCGCAUAAAAAUGUAGCCAAUAAUUAGAUUAUCGGGUGCUAAACAAGAGUGAAAACACUCCAAUGGGGAAUGUUGAGACUCCAUGUGAGAACUUCAAGUGAAAACGUGUGUUUUUCUUUUUCUUUUUAAUUUCCCGCGCGAAAAAUCAAUUGUAUGCAAAUUUUGUGUUUUCCCGGUUUUCCCUCUAUUUGUUUUUCUAUCUGGCUAAUUUAACGUAAAGGAAAUUCUGUGAAAUGAUACCCUCUUGAGGAGCCGAGAGAGACUGUGCAGUCAAGAAAAAAACAUCCUCAAUUGCCAGCCUCCACCAUGUCCUGGAAUUGCCUCUGCAGCAAGGAGAAGAAACGACCACAAAUAAGUGCCCCAAUUUUAAAUACGGACGAGCAGCAAAAGUUGAAACUAUUGCCAAACACAAAAGCCCAGCAUCAGCAAUUAAAAGUUAUCACGACAGAGCAUCUGGAACGGAAGCUUAUCCCACCAACUGAUGGUAUCACAAGCCACAGAGACAUCAACAGCAACAGAACCACCGCCAAUAACAAUAACCAACGAAAAGGGCAAAAUGUACGACUCCUGGGCAGAGCCACUGCGGGACGGACGACGAGGAUUCAGCCCAGGGAUGCUGAUGAUGGUGCCCUAACACGACAUCUGGCCACAGUGAAAUUCUCCUUUGAGGAUGAGACGGUGAAGAAAUCUACGGUGCCUCUGAACGACCAUGAGAAUGGGAAUUAUGACGAAUUGCCACUCAUUCAGCUCGAGGAUUUGCAGCCACGUGGAGUGCAACAGUUUCCCAGAAGUACCGAAAGUUUCCCCUUCGUCGAUGAAGAGCAACAACCGUCAAAGUCUGAGAGGAGAACUAAUUUCCACGAUGAACGAUUUAUAACACUACAAGCACGAAAUGUGGGCACCCUUGGUCAGAAAAUUCCCCAUCCUGUGGCGCCAAAGGAGGAGAAAUUCGACAAAUCAGCCCAAUUGCUGUAUCAACCAGAUAAGGUGGUUAUCCAUCAGUUCGUGCGGGUUGAAAUCCUCCAGGGAACACUCUGUCAAGUCUGCCAUAGUGUCCUCAAGGCAAAAACCUCCAUCCGCUGCGUGAGCUGCAAUUUAAUCUGCCACGAAUAUUGCUCCGACAAGCCAAUGACACGAUAUACUGAUACAACCCUCUUGAUUCACGAUGAGUGGAACCGUGGUCAUGAGAAGGUGGCAUUUCCCACUGUCUAUGCCUUCCUCUAUCGCCGGGGUGCCGGAGAGGUUGACGAUGGUGAGACGAGUGAUCUGCAUCCAAAUGGGAUGCUUCAGCAGCAACAAGAGGAGAAAUUUAUGAGGAUUCGUGGUCAAAAGGUGGGAUACAAAUACAAUAAUCGUGACAUCAGGCGACCAAAUGGCCUGAGCAGAAAGAGGAGGAGCAGAGAAAUUGCUGAGAAGAGAUCAAGUAGGAAAAGUGUUGAAUUGCGAAUUGUUGAAAAUGAUGGGGAACAAGAAACUCCUUUGGUUAUCGUAGAACCUCAAAGUAAACCACAAGAAACACAGGAAGUCGCUGAAGACCAGCAAUCAGCAACUGUCUCAAAGGAUCCUCAAGAAAAUAUUUCCAAAGAUGAAGAUCAAAAACCCAAUGAGGAACCAGAAGACAGUGGAGAGAAAGUUCAAGUUCAGAUAAGUGCCGAUGUCCAUUCAGUACCUGCUACAGAUAUAAAUGAAAACACCGUUCUUGAAGAUACCAAGAAAGAAAUUGUCCAAGAUAUCACCAAUAUUGAGGAACCAGAAAUCACUGAGAACCAGGAGACAAAGGAACAAGUUUCCGAAGAUAAACCACAAGAGAAAAAUCCAGAUUCAACAUCUGAGGAAUCUGCACAUAAAUCACCUGUACCUGAACCAGCCAGUGAACCCGAUGAGAUCCUAGCCAUUGUGGAACCCUUAGAUGAUGUCUGUGAAAUUCGUGUCAAAGCCAAAGAUGCCGAUGGUGGUAGUCCCCAGAGUCUCCGUCACAUUUCACGUACAUCCAGCACAAGUAGUCGUAGUGGUGCCAGGAGUCCCAUCCCAGGAACUGUGAUAGGUGUCCCCAUUCGUCGGAAGCAAUACACGUCAAUUUCUGAGACCUCCUUUGACGAUCCCACAUCGUCAAGCUACGAUGAAUCCGAUGAGCCAGAUUAUGCCAAAGUGGAGCAAAGAGGGAAGAACCACGAGAGCCAACCAAUUAUUCCAAAGUCGCAAUCGUUCCCAACAACGCUCCAACCCAAGAAAUCCUCAGCAAUCAGCCAAGCGACAGAGACUCUUCGCCUUCAUUAUGUCACGGAGCGAAUUUUGGCAUCAGUUCUGCCACCCAGAACAUCCUCCGUGGAUCAACUCGCGAGGCCACACAGUGAGAACAGCGUGGCGGGCUUCGAGGAGGAUGAAUACGAGAGGGAGUUAAUAACAAUGUUGGAGCAGAAGCACAACAAGAACUAUCAAAUGUUUGACCUGGAAUCGUGCAUCGCGACAAUUUCCCUGGAAAAGCUCUGUGAACUGUGUAAGCACAUUGAUGCCUGGUUGGGUGGAGGACGAGAGAAAGUUGUGGUGCUGCAGGACAGGGGUGACCGACAGCGUUUGGGAGCGGCGAUUGCAGCCUAUUUGGAGUAUCAGAAGAUAUGCGGCAGCAACUUCCCAAGUCGUUCGCUCAGUGAAGAUCAGAGAAUAGCGCGCAAAUGGCUCGAUCUCGACAUCUAUUCCAUGCAGAAAUUCUUGGAGGAUGUGGUGGGGCCUCUGCGGGUACCAUCGCAUCGGCGAUACCUCCAGUACUUCUCUGGUCUUCUAUCUGGCGGCAUCCGCAUGAAUUCCUCACCACUGUACCUCAAAUAUGUCUCCUUGGAAUCACCUCCGUCAUGGCUCCACUACAGCAGUUUCGCAUCCCAAAAUGCUGAAUGGCGAUGCUUUAUCAAAGUCUACGAGGGUCUCAAGUGCGUCUUCACCUCUGACAUCCAUGUGAUCCCCUUCGCCACCAGGCAGUUCAUCUUCCAAGUUGGCCAUUUGCGGCUACGUGGAGACAUCAUCUUACGAUGCUACCAGAUUAUUCCUCAAGAACAGCAGCCCAGUGUCCGGGAACUAAUGUUCUCCACACAAUUCCAUACCUGUGCGAUUGGCAACAAGGAACUCACCUUUCUGAGGCAUGAUCUGGAUUUUGCCUGUGAUGAUCCGCGUUUUCCAGCUGAUCACAAGGUGAUUCUUCACUUCAAUAGCGGAUCACCGGCUGAGAAUCGAGGCUUCGUAUUUCAGAGUCCACUAGUUCGCAUCGAACCAGCCAACACAUUAGCCCAUACGGAUAGUCUGGAGAAUAUUAAUGAAGCCGCUUCGAAGCAUCUUCAAGGUCCCCUCGAUGGUUCAUUGUAUGCCACAAUACUCAAAAGCCCAAAAUCACCUCAGCACAGUCCACCACAAUUGAGUCUUCCAUCAACACCAGCUAAGCCAAUUCGCACGAGUUCUCAGCAAAAUCUCAUUUCACCUCCACCAGAAUUUAGUUCACCAAAAAUCAUCGUUUCCGCCCACAAUUCAUCCAGUUCGACUGUGAGGAACAGCACUCCUGUUCCCAGGAAGGAUCCCGUACAGACCAUUCCCAGGGCGUACAGUCAACCUCCGGUCAGAAAACCAGGCACACCACAGCCUCCAGAGAGGCACUCUUCCACUCACGUAGUGCACAAUUAUCCGCCAAAUCAAACACAGAUCCGGGUAAUUGAGGAGUACAGGUAUAAGACACAGGACAACACUGCCAACGGAAACGUUCCCAGUUCCAGUAGAACUCAGACCACUGAACACGAUGGGAGAGAGUCCGUUCGCAGUCCUCUGACUCUGUCUAUGGACUCUGGCAUCUCUAGCAGUGGAAUUGUUAAUAGACGUGUUCAAGGAUCAAGUGUGUCACCAUCGAGUUUUCCCAGUCAAGCCAGCCCUCAAGACCGCCAUCGUGAGCUGGAUGAUAUCUUAUCUGAUAUGUUGAUGACUGUUCAAGAUAUUCCGGAUAUCAGUGCAAAUAACAGUGUUAGUCAGCAGGGACGUGUUAAGAGGUCCACACAGGUGCCCUACAGCACCGCCACGGUUAAGAGGUCCCCAUCCGCAAAUCGGCCCAGCGACAUUGUCACAAAGGCACCCAGUGGCGUCGAUCAGUACGAUACUGCCAGCACAGCCACAACUCUAACGCCUCCGCCCAGCGAGAGUGGCCGAGAGACUCCCAUAAUCGGUGGCACCGACAAACGAAGUGUCGAUCUCGAGACGCGAAGCGAUAGCGCACUCGUCAUGAAUUUGCAAAGUCAGUCGUUCGCGUAUCCGCAGCCACAGCACACGGUUGAGCUGAUAUCCGUGACUUCGGAUGAGGAUAGUGAGAACAUACCCUAUCACGCGCGCGAAGAUUCCCGCCCUUUUACUUACGGUAACGUUCAAGGGCCCCAACAGCCACCAGCCUCAGUCAUGCUGAAGAUGCAAUCGGGACUGUCCAGUCCGUCGCUGGUGCGAAAACAACUCAAUCAGCAGGGUCACAGAAAAACCCCCAUUCGCAAUGACUUCGAGGAGAUGCUAAGGGAGCGUCGGGAGAAGGUCAGUGGGGAGAAGUACUCCAUCAGCGAUCGUACUCCCAAUGGAAGUAGCACCUUGAGAUCCUACCAUACCACCUCAACGGGUCCUGGGAGUUACACUACAGAACAGAGGUGGUACAGCAAUGGAUACCAUCAUGAACCCCUUAAGAGGUCCAAUACAAUGGACGGGGGAUUCGGCAGAAGUACCAGCAGUGAAGGGCUCACUGGACAGUCAUGGCUUCAGUUGCAGCAACAGAAAUUGCGAGCUCGAAAUGAGCAGAAGAUGCGAGAUGAGCGGGAUGUAUUUGAGAGGAGAAUUCAUACGGAGAUCACCGGAAGGCCCUAUAGAUCGCGAUCGAGUGCCUCCAAGAGAUACGAUGGAUACACCAGUGACACGACAUUUGCAGAUGAAGUGGACUACCGACGUCCAUUGCAUGUGCAAACGCCCACACGAUCACUCAACGAUCGCAAUUACCACACUCUUACGACCACAACAACAACCGUCAAGGAGCGUCCCUUCGUUGCAGUCAGACGGGCUCAUGAUCAGGCCAAGCAACAGACAAUUUCAUCAUCAAAUUCACCAUUGUCUGUCUUGAGUGCGGCACCGCAUGGUCACAUUGCACAAGUAUCACCUCAGGCAUCACAAACAAGGCAAGAGGAGCAAAAGCAGCAGAAUGGUCUCUUGUCAUUGGCCAAUGACAGUGCAUCCCGUUCUAACGGACAUGCAAGAUUGGAAUCGGAAGGAAGACUGUCUGGAUCAACUUCUUCAUCCCCAACGUCUUCUACGACAAAUCCAAGUUCUGGGGAUAAUCAGGAGAUUGGACAAAUGACGUUGAAUGAAUUGCUGGAGAAGUUAACAUGCGAUGCCAAGGAGAUUGAGAGGUUGCAGGAUCAGAGAAAAAAUAAAGGUGAUCCCCUGGAGAAUGACUUUACAGCAACGGUUAAGAGAAAACCAGUAAAUUCGCAUACUUUGACGGAUGUUAUUGCGGAUUUGACUGAUUUUACCAACAAUCAUACGAAGAAACGCAACAAUAGGAUACCAAAUGAGGGGAUGAUGAAUGGUCAUGGGAGAGUAGGUUUAACCAAUGGCUCAGAGUCACCAGCAAUUAGGAAGAUCAAUAGUGAAUCAGAAAAUAGUUCAUCUGUCUCACCAAGUCUGUCAGAAAGAAGUAAUGGCGUAUCUUGGAGCGAUCAGGUUCGUGAGGAAUCAAUCUCGUCCUACAAUGAUGACUUUUCGCCAAUUGGUGGAUCACCAAGGCCUGAAACUCCUGCUUUUCCAGUUACACCACGAACCCCAUAUUCUUUUGGUGUCAACGGAAAUACGAGCCCGGCUUUGCCUCCCAAGAGUCCGACAUCACAACGACGAUUUGGCAAUCCUGCGUGGUCUUUGCGAAGUCAAAAAACGUCCGUCUCAACACACGACUGGAGCAAGGACCUCUAUUCUGGCCAUCAAGUUCAUCAUCUAGUGAAUCAGAAUGAUUCGGUAUCGUGCUAUACUUCUCGCAGGAACUCCACCACCUCAACUGCCAACAGUGAGCCUCAGGAAGUUGCUCCACAUCACGUAAAAUUCGUUCGCGAUUCAUCCAAAUAUUGGUACAAGCCUAACAUCUCUCGCGAGCAGGCAGCUAAUUUGCUGCGGGACGCUCCCCCAGGCACCUUUAUUGUGAGGGAUUCUAAAUCCUUUGCCAAUGCCUUUGGUCUUGUCCUGAAAGUGGCCUAUCCACCGCCACAUGUUGCCAAGGGUGGAUCCGGAGAUGAGCUCGUACGUCACUUCCUGGUUGAGCCUACAACACGCGGAGUGAGGCUCAAGGGAUGUGCCAAUGAGCCGGUGUUUACAUCCUUGUCGGCUCUUGUGUACCAACACUCAAUCACCCCGCUGGCACUGCCCUGUCGCCUUAUCAUCCCCGACAGGGAUAUCCAGCACUCGGAGUAUCCAUCGCCGGCCCAGCAACAGCUUCUGCUCCAUGGGGCUGCAUGCAAUGUGCUGUUCCUAUGCAGCGUUGAGACGGAGAGUCUCACGGGACCGGAAGCUGUGAGGAAAGCGGUGACUCUGCUCUUCUCCCGACGACCACUUCCGUCGCCCACUAAAGUGCACUUCAAGGUGACCAACCAGGGAAUAACGCUUACCGACAACACUCGCCAGCUCUUCUUCAGUCUUUUGGAUGACACCCUUUUUAAUUUAUAUGAAGUUAUUACAACUCUUUUUGGUCGCACAGUUUUAAAUGUUUAUGAAAAUGUUAUAAAACAUUAUCCGUCGACAAGUAUUUCGCAUUGCAGUCUGGAUCCCGAUGAACGUCGCUGGAGUGUUCCGGCUUCAGGAGACAUCCCUGUGGUCAAUAAUCGAAUUUUUGCCUUUGUUGCCCGUCGCUCGUCAUCUUCGAUGGACAACGUUUGUCACAUUUUCUGCGAAUUGGAACCAACACAGCCCGCAACUGCGAUUACUUCCUUUGCCAAUCAAGCCAUCUUUGGUGGAGUUGCAAGCCAACCAGCUCUGUCCCGAGCUAUCUAAAAAAAAAUAUGCCUUUUCGCAGGGAAAAUCACAAACUCUUAACUUCUAACUAAAAAAAAAAAAAGAAAAGAGACGCGCUUAUUUGAAUUUCGCUGAAUUAACAAAAAGCAAAGAACAUUUACCCUUUCAUUGUAAAUAUUUUUGCCCUAAAACAAAUGCCCCCUCCCCCCUAACAGAUCUGACUAGGUAAAAUAAAAUCUUAAUGCAAUAACUUAAAUAAAAAAA